AUGGCACUUAAUGAUAUAACACCUCCUUCUAGGAAAGUCCUGGGCCUCUCUAAGGGCCACAAACGUCAGAUAAUAGAGUCCAUUGAAGAAGAAAACACAUUUCUUCCUCCGGCUUUAAGCUCUUAUAGUAUCGCAUUAUUGAAUGAGAAGACAUCGAAAAGACAAACACCCACCUCCAAUAAAGUCACGGGCAUAUAUGAGCUUGAUUUUCCCGAUGGAAAGAAGAGCGGCAGCUUCUUGAAAAGUAAGCUUUCAGUGCACUUUAAAGAAUCGAAUCAAGGAGAAUACACUGGUAACAAUUCUUUUCACAAUGCUUCACAUACGUCAUUUCAGAAUGAAUCAUCCGGCCACUCUGCGCAACAGUCAUACUUUGCUGGGUCUCAUAACAUCUCAGGAUAUUCUUUUAAUCAAUCUAGUAAUGUACAUACCGGGUCGGAAGAAGACAUAAUGGAAGCUGCUUCACCUCAUAAUAGUCUGUCUAAACUGUCUUCAAAUCAAACACCAAAUCAUACUCCUGCUACAACUCCUGGCGAUAACCCUCCGAUGUCAUCAAAUUCAAAUGCUUCUAGAACAGGCAGCAUUCAUACUAUUAAAAGGACUCGAGGAACGAUGCGUUUCGGAAAGAUCUUAGGACCUCCAAAAAGAGCAUCAAAGAGCGUAGACGAGAGACCUGAAGAGAGAUCUGACCAAGAUGUGCAACAUGAGAAUCAAAGUCGAGAAGAAACUCAAAGAAGAAACCUGAGAAAUAGUAGCAACACACUUAGUACCCCACCGCCUGCAUUUCCGAUGAACUUUUCACCUAAACUAAGAACUCCAAUACAUUUGAAAGAAUCAAGUGCCCAAAACUCUGAGUCGGUAUUCAUAGAUAGUGCUAAACAAGAAACACAUUCAGUAUCUCCUGAAGUUGAAUUAUUAACCAAAGAAAAAGAGAUUGAAUUGAGGCGACGCAUCGAGGAACAAAAAUCUUUAAAUGAGUUACGAUUCAAGCUAUCCAAAUCCAGACAUGAUGAAAUGGAGGUUGACGAUCCAGAGAACAAAGAUAUAGAGAAAGAUUAUGAUAUCAAUUUGGAUACAUUCAAGUCUAAUAUAAAUGGCAGGAGCAUAUCUGAUUUCAAAAUUGAUAAGAGAAGCGAGUUCGAGUCCCAAGAUGGAGAUGAUUAUAGAAGUGAUUCAAAAAGCAAACGGUUAUUGAAUGAGGACAAAGAAAAUAUGAUUUUUGAAGGACACGAUAAUUCUAGUCAAAGCAAGCAUCAGUCAUUUAGGCAACCUUUAGUGCCGAUUUCGUCGAAUGUUUUGAAUACAUCACAUGAAGAUGAAGGAUUCAGGAAACCUAAACUACCUAGAAGCUCUGCUCUCUCUCAAAUUUCGGCGUUGCCCCAACAGGAGCCUCAGCAACAUCCACAAUCAGGAAAGCAGGCGACUUUGGGACUGGCAGGAUCAAGCUCCUCAGAUGAUAACAAAAAGAAAAAAAGUAUCGUAAUAAAUGGUAAUAACUAUGAAAAACUAGAACUUUUAGGCAGAGGUGGCUCAUCAAAGGUAUACAAAGUCAAAGCGACCUCAAAAAAUAGGCUAUAUGCUAUAAAGAAAGUUACUUUUGAUCAAUUUGACGAAACUUGUGUGAAGGGAUUCAAAGGAGAAAUUGAUUUACUUCUAAAACUAAAAGAUGCAGAUAGAGUGGUUAAAUUAAUUGAUCAUGCAAUUGGCGAAGGUUCAAUAUAUUUGGUCAUGGAGUGUGGUGAUAUCGAUCUAGCGCAUGUGUUUCAGACAAAAUUAAACAUGAACAAUCCCUUGGAUCUCAACUUUGUCAAAUAUCAUUCAAUUGAGAUUUUGAGAUGCGUGGAGGCUGUCCACGAGGCAGGCAUUGUACACAGUGAUUUGAAGCCAGCUAAUUUUCUUUUUGUGAGGGGAGUUCUAAAGAUUAUUGAUUUUGGGAUCGCCAACGCUGUUCCAGAUCACACUGCGAAUAUUUAUCGUGAAUCUCAAAUAGGAACACCCAACUACAUGGCCCCAGAGGCACUUAUCGAAGUUAAUCAGACAUUCCCAGGCUUACCUUUGCCGUCGAAUCAACAGGAAUUGCCCAAGAACACCUGGAAGGUUGGUAAGCCUUCUGAUGUCUGGUCGUGUGGCUGUAUAAUAUAUCAAAUGAUUUAUGGUAAGCCUCCAUAUGGAGGUUAUUCUGGUAAUCAGAGGAUAAUGGCUAUAAUUAACCCUCAGGUGAAAAUUCUGUUUCCUGUGAAAGGUAUUGGAAAUAUCAAAGUUCCUCAGAGUGCUGUGGAAUUGAUGCAAAAUUGUCUUUCGAGAAAUCCCAACGAAAGAUGGACAGUAGAUCAGUGCUUAAACAGUGACUUUUUAAAUCCAAAAAUCGUAAGUGAAACGUUUAUAAGAGAUUUGGUACAUCUGGCGGUAAACUUCGGCUAUAACAAUAGGCUGAGUGGUAGUAGACUAAUAACUGCGGAUGUUUAUGAUCGUUUGGUCGAUACUGUUUUAAAGCAGAUUGAAAGUUUGAACUAUGGCUAA